UUACAUUGCAACAAGUGACACGGGAUUUAAAUCAAUUGAGUGAUUCCUACAUAACAAGCGGUAUGAUGUAUAUGGAAAUUGGUUUUUAUGGUACAAGUAUUCCAUUUGGAGCUCGUCAUUCUCAUUUAUGGAUUACGUUUAAAGAAUCUUUACCAGUGAAAGGAAAUUACAAUUAUGACCAGUCACCAAGCCCAGCCAUUAUCGCUGCCAUUACUUUUGGUAGUGCGGUGCUUGCAAUCAUUAUGGUAACAGUUUUGUGUUAUUUAUGCCGGCGGCAGAAGGACAUUGAUGAUCCGCUUUUGGCCAACGCUUUAGAGAAACAGAGUCAAAUGAUGAUGAAAAAGAAGGAUUGA